UCCAGCUGUGUAGGAGUAGAGGAGCACCAUGCUGUUGAUAUUGACCUAUACCAUUGCCCCAACUGUGCAAUUCUCCAUGGACCUUCUCUAAUGAAGAAGAGAAGGAACUGGCACAGACAUGACUAUACAGAGGUGGAUGAUGGUUCCAAACCAGUGCAGGCUGGAACACGGACCUUUGUUAAACAGCUGCGAGCUCGCUCUUUCCCAAGUGCUGAUGAAGUGAUUUUGAAAAUGCAUGGAAGCCAGCUGACACACAGAUACUUGGAGAAACAUGGGUUUGAUGUUCCCAUUAUGGUUUCUAAAUUAGAUGGUCUGGGACUCAGACUUCCUCCACCGACUUUCUCUGUUUUAGAUGUGGAACGCUAUGUAGGUGGUGACAAAGUGAUAGAUGUAAUAGAUGUAGCAAGACAAGCAGACAGUAAAAUGAAGCUCCAUAAUUAUAUUAAAUAUUUCACAAAUCCUGACCGACCAAAAGUACUGAAUGUGAUCAGCCUGGAAUUCUCGGACACAAAGAUGUCUGAAUUAGUGGAAGUACCAGAUAUUGCCAGAAAGCUUUCAUGGGUGGAAAAUUAUUGGCCAGAUGAUUCUGUCUUCCCUAAGCCUUUUGUUCAGAAGUAUUGCUUGAUGGGUGUCCAGGACAGCUAUACUGAUUUUCAUAUCGAUUUUGGAGGAACAUCAGUUUGGUACCAUGUUCUCUGGGGUGAAAAGAUAUUCUAUUUGAUCAAGCCCACUGAUGAAAAUUUAGCUCUGUAUGAGUCUUGGAGUUCAUCUGUCACCCAGAGUGAAGUAUAUUUUGGGGACAAGGUUGACAAAUGUUACAAAUGUGUUGUGAAACAAGGACAUACUUUAUUUGUUCCAACAGGCUGGAUUCAUGCUGUACUCACAUCUCAGGAUUGUAUGGCUUUUGGAGGAAACUUUUUGCACAACCUCAAUAUUGGCAUGCAGCUCAGGUGUUACGAAAUGGAGAAGAGGCUAAAAACCCCAGAUCUUUUCAAAUUUCCUUUCUUUGAAGCCAUCUGUUGGUUUGUGGCCAAAAACUUACUGGAAACAUUGAAAGAACUGAGGGAAGAUGGUUUCCAGCCUCCAAGCUAUUUAGUGCAAGGAGUGAAGGCUUUACUUACUGCUUUAAAAUUAUGGAUGAAAAAAGAACUGGUAACAGAACAUGCCUUUGAAAUUCCGGACAACAUUAGGCCUGGGCAUCUCAUAAAGGAGCUCUCAAAAGUGAUACGUUCUGUAGAGGAGGAAAACAGCAAACUAGUUAAAACUCAGGGAAUUCUUGGUGUGUGUCCAACUUCACGAUCUUUGCAUGAAACAACUUCCCCAUACCACUCCAGACGAAGGGUGAGGAAACUGCGAGACCAUGCUACCAAAACUCCUUCUAAUCUGGACAUCCUGGAACUCCACACCAGGGAGGUACUGAAAAGGCUGGAGAUGUCACCGUGGGAGGAGGAUACUGCAAGCUCGAAACUGAAUGGGAGAUUUAACAAGCCCUUUCAGCCAUCUUCUACAGUACCUGAGUGGCGAACAAAAGACAAUGAUCUUCGCCUUCUGCUGUCAAAUGGAAGAAUAAUUAGAGAUGAGAGACGCCCGUUUACAGAUAGAAGUCUUUACACAGCAGAUAGUGAAGAUGAAGAUGACAGGACAAGGUCAAAAAAGACAGCUGUUAAGGUAGAAGAUCAGCCCUCAGGAUUUGGAGGAGAAGGCAAUGCAGAUGCCCAGAAGCCACUGAACAUGUUCUUUGAAAGUGUGAAAUCAGAACUCAGGAAUGGAUCCUCAGAGUACUCUGAUAUUUCUGAUACAGAAGAAUCUGAGCCUGAUUGCACUACACAGCAGAAGGAUUCCUCCUCGGAGGAGUCAGAAAGCUCAGGUGAUGAAGAGAGACAGGAAGUAACAUCAAAUUUCAAAGAGGAAUCUAAGGUCACGAGAGACCACUGUCAAAAAACUCAGAAGCCAUCCAGAAAUGAAACUCCCAGUAAAAAGGAAUGUCCUACCUCGACAAGUACAGAAGAAGAAGCUAUUCAGGGCAUGCUUUCUAUGGCAGGAUUGCACUAUACUACAUGUUUACCAGGUCAUACUCAAAGCACAGACUGCACAGAUAAAAGAACCUCUCUUCAGGAACACAGAAGCUACCCCAGGAGUCGACAUAAAGACAGACAGCCAUCUCAGAGCCACAAAAUAAUAGAAUGUGGUAGGUCUGUGAAGGAAGAGGAAGGAGAUGUGGGGACUUCAGCAUGGGCUAGACACCUGAAUGAAGCUUCAAGGAUUUCCCCUCCGGAUAUAAGUAAAACUCAAAAAUGUAUCAAGAGAGAGAGUGCAUCAGAAGCCAAUCAUAGGGUUCAGGAAAGCAGAAGUAUAAUUCACAACAACAGCUUGAGUUUCCAGCAUGGCAAGUGUACACGAGAGUCCAAUCUAAUUCAAGGAGAAUGUCGACUGAGUGAUGGCAGCCUUAGCCCUGACAGGCCCUAUGGUGAAACAUCCCUGUCUGUGCCACUUCAUCCAACAAAGAGGCCAGCAUCAAACCCACCCCCUAUCAGCAACCAGGCGACAAAAGGCAAACGUCCAAAGAAAGGAAUGGCAACUGCUAAACAGCGCCUUGGGAAGAUCUUGAAGCUGAACCGGAACGGCCAUGCACGCUUCUUUGUUUAAUGUAGCUGCUACUUCUACUACUGCUCUCUUUCCCACACAGACCAGUAUUGAGGUCAACAGAGCCUGGAGCUGCUGUUAUUCCUCUGCUUGAAGCAGUCUUGCAUGUACCAUGUAAAACACUGCCUGAUGAACAAAAACAAGAAAAGAAAGAAAGAAAAAAAAAAACCAACAAAAAAAAUUAUCAACCCAAUGCUGCAUUUUCACUGUGCCACACCUGCUCAGCAAUAACCAUAUGGGAACGGGGAAAUCUUCAGAGAGACAUGGACUGUGAGAAAUAGUCUCUCAUCAGGGCUUGAAUAUCAAUUGUUGCUGGUAGUUUCUGACCUAAUUAACGAGGGGAAGAUGAUGAAGGUGGUUUAUCAAUAAUUUAUUUCUGAUAGAUUUUGACAACUUUUAAGUUCAUUUUAAAA